AUGUGGGCUCGUUUAAAGCGAUUAGGAAAUGCCAUAUAUAAACCAAAAGAAAGAAUACUCGCUGAAAAACUGGCAGAAGGGAAAAUUCACAUAGUGACUCUCCAAAAAAGUUUGAUUGACGAAGAACUUCACGAGAAGAAAUUAAAGGUGGCGCUGUUAAAAGAAGAAAUGGAACACAAAAGGGUGUUGUUCAAUUUGCAAAAACAAGAAAUGAUGCUCAAAAUAGAAGAAUACAAAGCUAAUUUAGGAACUCUGAAAAAGGAACAACCCCAACUAGAUUCGUCGGAGCAGAAAUAA